AUGAACAAGAAAUUUCAAGAACUCACUUGCAAACUAGAUGUAAUCUUCGAUAAUUUCCAAGAAAGGAGUUCCUCAUCAUCAUUAGCAGAUACGGAGCAUAGGAACAUCAACGAAAAUGAUCAUCAAGACUCUCAUAAUCUGAGACUCAAGGUUCCUCGGUUUGAUGGAUCCAUGGAUGCACAAGAUUGGAUCUUCAAAGUGGAACAAUUCUUCGAUUUUUAUGAUAUGAACGAGACACAACGACUGCGGAUUGCACCAUUUUAUUUCGAAGGGGAAGCCUUAUCAUGGUACCAAUGGCUUAAGAAAAAUACGACAAUCACCUCGUGGCCAAUGUUCCUCCAAUCACUGCAAGUGAGGUUUGGGUCCUCUGAAUGGGAAGAUUAUCAAGGACAACUAGCAAAGUUAACUCAACAGGGAUCAGUCAUUGAUUAUCAAGAGAAGUUUGAGACCUUGUCCAAUAAGGUAAAUGGUUUAUCAGAAUCAUUUUUACUUAGUUGUUUCAUUUAUGGUUUGAAAACAAUAACUCAACAUAAAGUAAAUUCAUUUAGACCCACUACACUUACAAAUGCCAUAGCCUUGGCCAAAAUACAGGAAGCCAAAUUAGCCUGUAAAUACUUUUAUCCCAAACUUCAUUCCCCGUACCCACCACUAUUACCUACACCAACAAACACACCUAUAACCAAUCCUUCAUCUUCCAAGAACCCUGUCAGUAACAAUACCAACAUUAUCCAACCUAAGGAAACUAUUCAAAGGCUAACACAGAGUCAAAUACAAGAGAGAAGGGACAAGAACUUAUGUUUUACUUGUGGAGAAAAAUACUUUCGUGGCCAUAAAUGUAAAGCUUAUGUACACAUAUUAAUUGUACCGGAUGAGGAAUAUUCAUUGAGUGCUGAUGCUAAUGCUAGUGAAGAGUUGAUGAUACCAGAUCAGGAACCGUUAUUAGUGCAACAUGAAACACCACAGAUUAGUUUCCAUGCUUUAUCAGGCUUCGUGGUUCCACAAACUUUAAGAUUUCAUGGUCAUAUUGGGAAGUCAGAAAUGUUACUAUUGGUUGAUGAAGGAAGUACUCAUAACUUCCUGCAACCACAAAUGGUCUCUUCCUUACAUCUACCUAUGUCUACAGACAGACAAUUUGAUGUUAUGGUGGGGAAUGGCCAAGUCCUGAAAUGUCAAGGAUUCUGUGCAGCAGUACCUGUCAAGAUACAUCAACACAUUUUCCUAGUUGAUUUCCAGGUGCUACCUAUCCAAGGAGUGGAUAUGGUAUUAGGAGUACAAUGGCCACAACUCCUAGGCCCAAUUGCAGUAGACUACCAACGUCUAACUAUGGAAUUCACAUGGGAAGGAGAAGUUAUUAAGUUACAAGGAGAACAACAUAGCAGUCCUUUUUCCUUGAACCAAUUUAAGAAGAUCCACAAUUCUGGUCAAAUUGCCUCGCUAUACCAGUUGACAGUGAUAGACUCACAGCAAACUGUGCCCAAUGAAGUUAUGAGUCCACAAAUUCAACAACUGCUAGUUGAAUUUGAAGGAAUAUUUCAAAAGCCCACAAAAUUACCCCCUCAUCAAGACUUGAAUCAUGAAAUUCAUCUAGAAAUACAAUCACAGCCAGUCAAUGUGAAGCCAUACAGUCAAAAAGAAAGAUGGCUCAUGGAGAUUUUGUAUAGACUAAGAGCCCUUAAUAGUAUCACAAUCAAGGAUAGGUUUCCCAUUCCUAUAGCGGAUGAGCUAAUGGAUGAAUUGGGAGGAUCCAAAAAAAAUUCCAAGCUGGACUUGAGGGCAUGGUAUCAUCAAAUCAGAGUCCAUCCCCCUGACAUUCAUAAAACCGCAUUUAGGACACACCAAGGCCAUUAUGAGUUCUUGCCAAUCCAUCGAAGAUCACUGGCAACACCUCUGGUUGGUACUUAUUACAUUGCAAAAAUAAUCAGUUUUAUAUCAAGAAAAGCAAAUGCUCUUUUUACGCAGCAAUCAGUGGAAUAUCUUGGCCACAUUGUGUCAGCAGAAGGGGUCAAUAUGGAUAAAUCAAAAGUUUAA